AUAUAUAUAAGAACCAAAUUUAUCGUGAUUUUUCCAUAUUUAGUUUUUUCGUGAAGUAAAAAUGGCGACUAUUCAACAAAAUAAUUGAUAAUUAUUGUUUUUGGCCGCAUUUACUAAUUAGUUUUACCAAAAAGUGUGAAGCAAUGAGUUUAUGAUUCCAAUGAAAAAUAUAACAUUGUAAAACGAUAAAACAAUAAAAUAUAAAAGUGAGAAAAAAAAUUCAGACAACUUUCUGGUUUGAAUGAUAUAAAUAUCUAGUUAAGUGGACAUAAUUGUAUUAAACGAUAUGUGGAAUCAAUGGGCUGGAAUCGGCGCUGGUGUUACAAUUCCGCCAAUACCGGCACCACAAUGCCCGCCACCUCAACCUCCACCACCUUCCGCUGCACCGCCGCCUCCAACAACAGCGCCUCCUCCUACUCCAACGGAACAAGCAACUGGGAACACAGCACCAAUUAUAGGACCAAUGUUACCUAGUAGUGUUUCUACUACAAGCGCUACUGUGCCAACAGCAACUCCAAGUGGACCUUACGGGCAGUAUACUGAAGCUCAGUAUGCUGCAUUAACUCCAGAGCAGCAAUAUGCUUUACAACAACACUGGCAGCAGUGGCAAGCUUAUCAACAAGAAUAUGCAAAGUGGCACGCCCAGUAUGGUGAACAGUAUAAACGAGAAAUGGCCGCUGCAGCUUCAACUGGGCAAAGUACGAAUUAUAAUAACUACUACCAACAGGUUCAACCCCAAACACAAGUUCCAACACAGCCUUUGCAGAUACAGUCGAUACAACAGCCGCCACCUCCACCUCCCUCUGAUGGACAACAAACAAAUAUUAAAAUUUCUGGAACACCUCAACUCUAUACGCAACCACCACCUGUGUCAAUUCAGCCGCAUUCCUCCCAGAGUCAAGUUUUGCCUCUUAACCAAGGUUCUGCUCCAAUAAAUCAACCUCCUCCAGUAGUACCCUUCCCAAAUAUGAAUUAUCCUCAAUGGACAUCUUCGUAUCAGCAACCGCAACAACAAUUCAAUUAUAAUCAACCACCUCCAGGCUUUAAUCAGCAACCACCUAAUUUCGCCCAAAUUCCAAAUUUUCAACAACCGCCUCCAAUGGUAGCAAAGCCACAACAGAAUUCUCAACCUCAACCAAUGCCUAAUAUACCACAAGUUACACAGAAACAACAGCUUGGUAUGCCUACUUAUGGUAACUCAAACCAACUCCGUGGCGGUAAUUCCUACAAUAAUAAUAAUGUAAAUCAAUCAUCUAUUGAUCGAAAUGAGUUUAGAGCUGCAAAUUCAUGGAUGUCUAAUUCCAAUCAGCAAGGUACUGAAAUUAACCAAAAUCAAGAUGCACCCAAAAUUCAAUGGAGUCAAAAUAAAAAUAACUUUGAUACAAAUUUUGGUAGUACUAGGUCGGGAAACCAGUUCAUCUCUAAAGAAAGAGGUCAAAACAACUGGGAUGCAAGAAAUGAAGAUCGAAAUAAUUUAAAUGAAUUUGAGUUUGCAAAUGUUAAUAAUAUGAAUGCUCCAUUUGAGCACCGAAACAGUCAAGACGGAUUCGAUAACAUAAAUAGAAAUGCAAAUAAUCGUUGGAAAAGUGAAAAUGAUAAUAUAAGUGGAAAUAACAAUGAAGAUCACAUGGAAAAUGUUUCUAAGACUCGUCAAGAAGGUCAAGGUUCUACUCAAUGGAAUGUUAACCGUAAUCAAACUGCCAGUGGCCAUAAUUUCCAAGGACCAUUUAACAAUAAUAACCACAGAAAUAAUGAUAAUUUUAGUAACCAUCGUUAUCAAUAUGAAAAUAAUGAUCAGAGUGGAAAUCGUCAGGGUAAUAGAAGUGACCAAUUUGGCAACAAUGAUAGAAAUCAAAGAAACAACAACUAUUUCAACAACGAACAGGAUGGAAACGAAAGGAAUUUUGCUGGAAACAACAGUAUGCAAAGCCGAAAUAACAAUAUCAAUCAAAGAUUUGGUCAAAAUGGACGGAACUUUGGUGGUAAUUUCAAACAACAACCUGGGGACAAUGGUCCAUUUUAUGGGCAACGAUUUGAUAAUAAUAGUAGAAACAAUGAUUCGAAUAAUACUUUCAAUGAAAAUUCCGAAGAUUAUGCCCAGGAUAAAAAUUAUAACAUAAGGUCUAAUUCAAACGACCGCAACUUCUCAAAUAGAAACAAUUUCAACAGUUUCUUAGAUAGGACCGAAUUCAACAUUAGUCCACGUAAUAACUUUAAUAUGGGACCAGACAACAUUAAUAAAAAUAUUGGUCCGAACAAUCCUUUUUCAUCGAGAUCUCGUUUAAAUGAUCGAAAUCCCGGACAAGGAGACUAUGGAGAUAGCUUUGGACUGAACAACAAAUUCAAUUCUUCAAAUAGUGGAAAUGGUCGUAAUAACCGUCCAAAUGACAGCUUUGAUCAUGUACCCGUUUCGAAUGAAAAAAAAUUUGGUCCAAAUAAUUAUGAUAGACGAUCGAAUUCAAAUGAACGAAACUUUGGACAGAACAAUUUAAAUCGUAGAUCAAAUUCUAAUGAUCGAAAUUUCGGUUCAAAUAGUAAUUUCAAUAGAAACUCCAACCCUGAAGAGAAUAUUCAAAAUGAGCGAAAUAGUCAGAAUCAGAGCAAUUGUGAAUCAGAAGCAGACCUUUUGACAACCGAGCAAAAACAACCUCGAUCUGAUUUGGACGAAAAGAGUUUUGAUCUCCAAUUCCAACGAUGGGAGCAACAAUUCGAGCAAUGGAAGCUUGCGAAUGCUAAUCAUCCCGACCGUGAGAUGUAUCGCCGUUACGAGCAGGAAUUCGAAAAGCAACGUCAACGAAUAAUGGAGCGGCGUGAACAAAUGCGGCUAAGGAAAUUACAACAAAUGGACAAAAAGCCUGAUACAGGGGAUAAGGAAGCUCAAGAUGGUGAUGACGGCUUGACUAAUGAACGGAAUGCAGAAAGCAAAGCUGAUGAGAGCCCUAAAGACGAAGACCGUGACGUUAGUAAUGAUCAGGAUAAAGAAGAGGAAGAAGAAGAAAAUUCAAACCAACCUAUUUCGGGCAAUGAGCAAAUAAGCCAACUAAAUGAAGAAAUUGAAACUCUUGAAAAAUCCGGCGAACAGGGAAAUCUAGAAACCGAACAAUUAGGCGAUGAAAAGCCAACAGAACAAGUUGAAAAAAGCGCGACAACAUUUUUGCAAAGCAGUAAUGAUACUUCGAAAAAUAAUGAUUUAUCUAAAGUAGAGAAAAGAACGAGUGGUUCUACUGGUAUCUUAGGCAAGCGAAAGAGUCGCUUCAGUGCACCCGCAGAAGGUCCUAAAACGCCAAAACUAACAAAUGCUGUUGUAACUGAAAUUAUUUCUCUUGUGGAAGAGGAAGAUAAUAACACUGCCGAUUCCUCCGGAGCUAUUUGUAAUAUAUUUGGCAAAUCGGAGGGAAUUCCUGGAUUGGAUUUGGUAGAAGGUAAUGAUGGUGCUGGUGGUACUACCGAAGAUAAAAACCCAAUAAGAACCGAACAGGAGAGCACUGAAAAUGAGCCGACUGAAGAAAAUUCGGAACAAGAGCAGCCAGAAAAACCAAAGGUUAUCAACAAAAUACCUUCACUAUUUGAUGUGGUUGUUGAAAAGCCGUCAGAUUUUCCCGCGCCUUCAUCUGUUCGCGAUGACGACGAAGAUAAUAUUAAUGUCGAUGAGCAGCAAAUACAUCCUCAUAUUUCUAAUGCCAUUCCUAAUUUGGGCGAUGCUCUAAGGGACCCUAUUUUUAUGCAGAAAAUUUCUCAGGCUUUGGCCAAAGCUCAGGGCAGGGAAAGUGCAGAUCCGAGCUGUGCACCGCCCCCACAGUUUCUUCAGCAAUUACCUAUGUUGCUGCAGCAAUUACAACAAAACAAAUCUAACAUAAAUAGCCCCGUCGGGAACAGCUCAAACUUUGCAUCGAAUUAUGGUGGAAUUGGGGGCAAUUUUCGCGGAUACGAUCCAGAGUUCGGGGGAAACAACCAGAAUUUUCGAGGAAACGGCCCCCAUUUUGGGGGUCCAAAUUUUGGUGGUAAUCGACUGAACUUUGGUAGAAACGGUCCAAACUUUAAUGAUAAUGGUCCGAUUUUCGGAGGAAUGGGAGGUAAUUUUGAUUUUGAAGGACCUAAUUGUGGAAAUGGUCCGAAUCGACCAAAUUACAAUAGAAACGGUCCCAAUUUCAAUAGAUUUGGUCAAGGUGGAUCAAAUUACGUUUGUGGCAAUGAACCGAAUUUCCGCGAUGAUGGCCCAAAUUUCGGUGGUGGUUAUGGACCGAACUUCCGAAAUGACGGUCAAAAUUUCGGCGGUGGUAAUGGACCGAAUUUUCGAGGUGAUGGUCCUAAUUUCAGAGGUGGCAAUGGUCCAAAUUAUGGUGGUGGUGGCAAUAGUUCGAAAUUCGGUAGGAAUGCAUCGAACGAUGACCGACGCAAUUUUGGUAGAAAUAAUAAGGACAUGGAAGAACGCCGAAACCAGAAUUCAUCCCGUCGUGGCGGUGGCCCUGAUGACAAAGGCAGACAAAGCGAAGAAGCUACAGAGAGUGAAACCUCAUGGGUUGAUUGCCCAGGAAAUAAGCAUGAUUAUGGAGAUGACUACUUUCGACCUGUGCAAGUAAUUGAUUAUCAAAAUACUGCCGUACCAAAACCGAAAGUAAUAGAUUACGGUCAUAAGGGAGCUAGUACCACUACUGAUCCUGGUUUUGGUUCUGCUUCUGGUUCGCUAUCGAACAACUUCAAUAGGAAUAUGCCUGAUUUUUCGGAAGAAUUUAAACCAGCAAAAACUUUUGAAUAUGGACAUGCGUCAAAUCCAACAGCUACAAGAUUUGGCAAUACGCCGAUGAAUGUCAAUCCUACGAAAAAGAAUAAGAAAAAGAAGAAGAAGAAUCAACCAAGUCGUGUUGGAUCACUAAAUGAAAAUAUACAAGCGUCUAAUACGCCCACCAUUCCAGGACAGCAUCGAGAACAAAGUGAAACCGAGAACAAGAGUGAACGCGAGAAUGCACGAAAAUCAGCUGCAAAUCCAACUGAAACAAUCAGUACUUAUAUAAGUCCACCAAAUGGAGCUAAUGAAGAGCUUGAAGAAAUAUCUGACAAUGAAGAAAAUUUGGAGAACAACCGCGAUUGCGAGUCGCCGGCUCCUCCACCGCCACCAAUGCUAACGACGAAUCGACCAUAUGUGUGCUUAGUACAACAGGACGCCACUGCGCCCACUCAGUCUUUAUUCCCAUCGACUGCGGAAGCUAAUGAGAAUAUAGCUAAACUUCCAAGCGGACAUAUACAAAUGUCAUUCCCUAGUAUUGAAAAUAAAAACACCAUAACUGUUGAUGAGAUUCUGCUUAAACCGGGUCGACUGUCACGCCCUAAAAAGGUUUGUGUGAUAUUGCGGGGACCGCCUGGCAGUGGAAAAUCAUAUGUUGCAAAGUUGAUCAAAGAGAAAGAGUUGGAAAUGGGCGGAACUAAUCCUCGUAUUUUGAGUAUCGAUGAUUAUUUCUUAAUCGAGAACGAUUACGAAGAACGUUGUCCCAAAACCGGCAAAAAGAUACCGAAAAAAGAAGUUCUAUAUGAGUACGAUGCUGAUAUGGAGGAGACAUACAUGCAAUAUUUGAUAAAAUCUUUUAAGAAAACAAUUUCAGAUAAUUUAUACGAUUUUAUUAUAAUCGACUGCAAUAACAAUUCGUUACGCACGUUAAAUGAGUUUUAUUGCCACUCGAAAGACUCUGGUUUCAUGCCGUAUAUAGUUGACUUGAUGUUCGACUUGGAGACCUGCAUGAAUCGCAACAUCCAUCAACGAUCUGAGAAAGAUAUUAAAGGUAUAAUUGAUAAUUGGAAGCAGACACCGCUUCAUUACAUCAAAUUGGAUGUGUCUUCAUUGUUGGAAAAUCUUGUGGAAAUGGAAGAUGCAGAAGAUAUGGUGAUGGAUAAUAACAGCAAUAGUGGCGCGCCCGAUGAUAGUAAUUUGACGCAGUCGCAAGCUGACAACGAAACUGAAGAUAGUAACGAGGCGACUGAUGAUGCAGCUAGUUUUGCAUUCUUAAAGAGCAAGUGGGAGAGUGAUAACACGUCUGAAAACCUUGCUCGUUUGGAUGGCACAAACAAAUUAAUGCAAAGGCGUAAAGCCGCUACAAUGGAGGAUUACCUACAAAUGGACGAUUGGGAACCGCCUAAAACCAGUGCAAACGGCAAAAAAAGGGUGCGUUGGGCGGAUAUCGAAGAGAAGCGAACACAGGAGAAGAUGCGUGCUAUCGGCUUUGUAGUUGGUCAAACUGACUGGAAGCGUAUGAUGGACCCAAACGCGGGAAAUCGUGCUUUGAAUAAAACGAAAUACAUUGAACGUGUUAAUAAGAGACGAUAGCCUGGAAAUAGAACAUGCGAACAUUUAUACAUAAUAACAGUAAAAGUAAUAAAUCACUUUGCCUAUUACGCAAAAUUAGUUUAAAACAGAACCGAAAAUAAUGUUUUAAACAAAAAAAAAUCAAGCACUUAGAAUCGUAACACAAAAAGAAUAAUGUCAUGUUAAUCCUUUUUCGACGAUCUAUGCAUUUCAUGAUUUUUAACUUUCAGAUUUUUAUAAUUUUUUUCACCGAUAAUUAUUAAUACUAAGUAAUUCUAAAAGUCAUCAUUAUAUUUGAGCAACAAAAAAAAUCUUAAGUAAUAUAUGAACAUAUAAUUUUUUUUUUCGCUAAAAAAAACUCAUCAGUUUAUAUGUUUGAAGUUUAUUCCUUCCGGAUCCAAAGAUUGAAAGUUAUUCCUAAAAGAAUUUGAGGUCCUAGCUCAAAAAUUCCGCCAAGUAUGCGAGUUUUACAGGAUCGCAUAGGGACGUGCAAAACCAUAACAUAAAUUUUAUCUGUGAAGAAAAUCAUAAGAAU